UCUGUGCCACCGCCUCUCCUCGGCCCUUGCGGGCGCUGCGCGGAGGCUGCGGCCCUGGAGGGGCUCCGCGGCGCGGCCCGGCCCGGCCCCGGUCGUCCCGGCCCUGAGGUCCCCAGCGCGUCCCUGGGCGGAAGAUGCGAGGCGCGGCGGAGGGCCGGCUGUGAGCUGCGGCGGGGGCAGAGGCCCGGCGGUGUCCCCGGAGCGGGGCCGGAGCCCGCCCUCAGGCCGGCGGCCGGAGGAUGCGGAUCGAGCCUCCCCGCCGAUGAGAGGGAGGAUGGGAACCCAGGGCAGCCCGGUGAAGAGCUACGAUUACCUCCUCAAGUUCCUGCUGGUGGGGGACAGCGACGUGGGCAAGGGGGAGAUCCUGGAGAGCCUGCAGGACGGCGCCUCCGAGUCCCCCUACGCCUACAGCAACGGGAUUGACUACAAGACCACUACUAUCUUGCUGGAUGGCAGGAGGGUCAAGCUGGAGCUGUGGGACACCUCAGGGCAGGGAAGGUUUUGCACCAUCUUCAGAUCCUACUCCAGGGGAGCCCAGGGCAUCCUCCUGGUGUAUGACAUCACCAACCGCUGGUCCUUCGACGGCAUCGACCGCUGGAUCAAGGAGAUCGACGAGCAUGCCCCCGGGGUGCCUCGGAUCCUGGUGGGGAACAGGCUGCACCUGGCCUUCAAGAGGCAGGUGCCCACGGAGCAGGCCAGGGCCUAUGCAGAGAAGAACUGCAUGACCUUCUUUGAGGUCAGCCCCCUCUGCAACUUCAACGUCAUCGAGUCCUUCACCGAGCUCUCCCGCAUCGUCCUCAUGCGCCACGGCAUGGAGAAGAUCUGGAGGCCCAACAGAGUGUUCAGCCUGCAGGACCUGUGCUGCCGAGCCAUCGUCUCCUGCACGCCGGUGCACCUCAUCGACAAGCUGCCCCUGCCUGUCACCAUCAAGAGCCACCUCAAGUCCUUCUCCAUGGCCAACGGGAUGAACGCAGUGAUGAUGCACGGCCGCUCCUACUCGCUGGCCAGCGGCGGCGGCGGCGGCGGCAGCAAAGGCAACAGCCUCAAGAGGUCCAAGUCCAUCCGGCCGCCCCAGAGCCCCCCACAGAACUGCUCCCGCAGCAACUGCAAGAUCUCCUAGCAGGACCCCGGCAGCCCACCCGCGGA